AUGGCGACUAAGCUUGCACGACUGCCCUUCGUCUGCGGCCGCUGCCUGCGAUCGAGCGGGCGCAUCGAUACCCGACUUCACCCUACCCCUCGACUCUACUCCACCGACCGAUCGUCCGAAGCUGCCGAGGCCGCCGAAGCUCCGCCGUCUAGCAAGAACAAGGAUGAACCGCAGAAAGAGAAGGGCGCCAUGUAUCGCAGAUUGGAAGAGGCUACCGAAGAAGCCCUGUUGACGGGCGGCCGUGCCGGUCGCCGAGCGGUGGAAAACGCUGGCUUCUCUGAAGAGCUGAGGAACAGGCUGCUCGAUAAGGUCCAGACGGCAGAGUUCCGGUCCAAGUACGCAUCUGCGUUCGCUGAAGCUUCCAUGCCGAGCGCGGCCGGUGAGGGCACAAGGUCCAUGGCCACGGCACAGCCCUGGGCGGGCGAGGAGUCGCAGUCGGAUACGGUCCUGCGGAUGCUCGAUGAUGCGAGGAAACCGCUCAAGCCCGAGAUGCGCGGCAAGUUCCAGAUUCCGGCCGUUGAUCUGCGGCCACGAAAACCGUCCAAGAUGCACCCUAGCCAGCGGGCAGCGAAUGCCCGCGAAAAGGCCUCCACGUACACCGACCUGGGAUUGAAGGGGGCAAACGGACUGAGCGAAAAGGAACGCGAGGAGAUGAGGCAGGAGUUCCGCGACAGGUUCGGAGAGGCCGCUCGAGCGGUCCCGAAUUCCAUCUCCGGGCUCGAGUCGUUGGCCAACUCGAGAAUCGAGGACGCCAUCGCCCGUGGCCAGUUCAGGAACAUCCCCCGAGGCAAGGGGGUCGAGCGGGACAUGAGGGCGAACAACCCCUUCAUCGACACGACAGAGUACAUCAUGAACAACAUGAUCAAGAGGCAGGAGAUCGUCCCCCCGUGGAUCGAGAAGCAGCAGGAGGUGGCAAAAACCGCCGAGUCGUUCAGGGCGAGGAUGCGGAACGACUGGAGGAGGCACGUGGCGAGGAUGAUCUCGUCGAGGGGCGGCAGCUUGGAGGAGCAGAUGCGGCUAGCCGAGGACUAUGCCCGAGCAGAGGAGAGGCACAACCCGCGCAAGGUGCCCACCGCCGGUACAGAUGAUGAUUCCGCGACGGCGGCGGCGACGACGAGACAGCAAGCAGCGGAAACCACCGCGACGGAGACCACGAGGCCGCCGGUGCAGCCUUUCCGCGACUCCGAGUGGCUGGCGACGGAACGCUCGUACAUGAUGUUGGCCGUGGAGAACCUCAACAGCAUGACGCGGUCGUACAACCUCAUGGCCCCGGAGCUCGCCAAGAAGCCGUAUUUCUCCCUCGAGCGGGAGCUCGCCGCGUGCUACGCCGAUGUCGCGCCGCUCGUGGCCGAGACCAUCCGGGAGAGGGCGACGAGACCGGCCAAGUCCAUGUUCGACUCGGCGGGGCCUGCGGGCUCCCGGACGGUCUUUGACCGCUUUGCGGGGGAGAGCGCGACGGCGGCCAAGGUCUACGACUCGAGGGCUCCCCAUUACGGUUUCAAGGAGAUGUGGAGGGAUCUUUGGAGCUAA